GGUCCGGAAGAUUCGGAGCCACGUGAGGAAGAGACCAAAGGGAGGCUGAGGAUGCGUUCUCCCUCUGGCUUCUUCAUUGUUCUGGGUGUCUUCAUAGUCACGGUGGGGAUUGCCAUCGCUGUGGUGGGCUACUGGCCACACAAAAAGUUCCCCAGGACCAUCGCCAAUCAUUCCAAAGUGCCCAACGAAGUGGCAGUAAAGUCCCAAGCCCAAUCCGGGUUGAAGACCGAGAAACUGAAAUUGAUUGGCCCCUUGAUCAUGGGAAUAGGGCUGUUUGUGUUUAUCUGCGCCAACACGAUCCUCCACGAGAACCGGGACAGGGAGACCAAACUGAUUAUCCAGAGGAACAUGUAUUCCGCGGCCAUGGUGCUCUCCGACGGAGAACGCAAGGAGAUGGAACCGGGUCUCGGGACGCUUUCCGUCGACGCUGGUUUCAGAUGCUUCGAGCAGUGCUGCGCGGGGGAGAGAGCGCUCUGCGCGGCGCACGGUCACUCAGACUCGAGCGGCACGGGUCAGUGGGCAGACGCCGACAUGCCCGUCAGACACCAAACCACCACCCAGCUGGUCUAUCACAAGAGGCCUUCCCCCUCCCUCUCCCUCCACAGCCUUCAGUCCGACUCCUGCAACUCCAGCGAGAGAAACCUCAGCGCGUUCCUGACCGGCGGGGCUGACCCUGGGGUCUCCACGCCCGUCGCUGUUUUACCGGUCAUCAAACUCAACAACUGCGUCAUCGUCGACACUCCCAGUGCCUCCGAUCCGAUGUCGGACGUGGAACCAGACCAGAGGGAAGCAGCCAGUUCUACCGAGGACCUAAAGCUCUGGCAAAACCACGGCUACAUCAGGUCCGGCAGCAUCCGGAGUGCGGGAGACGUAUCCGGAAUAUUGGCCCAGGCCGGUUACUGUUUGCGGAACAAGUCAUUUUCCACCAGGUUUAUCGGGAGGUUCUUGUCCCCGGGUCGGGUCAGGAAGGAGUGCGGCUCGGACUUUCACCUGCCGAUCGCUUGCGGACACGCCAACUCUAUCGACCUCGGAAGGGACAGAAACAAAGUGAGCGUGGAGAGAGAGGACGGCAAAAACCGCAGCUGGCCUCGGCUGGACAGGAGCAACGAAGCCAAGUACCUGAAACUGGAAAACCGGGAGGGUUCAGCAGACAGUUUGAUCGAAGAGACGGAGCCCGAGUGGGCAAGGGAGGAACAGAACGUCAGAGGGGAUUUGCAGGACUGA